AGCCGAUCGACAUUCCAUAGCUCGACACAGAUUUUGAUUUGCCGGAAGUUGGUUGGCGAGGGCUUGAUAAUACAGCUCAAGAUAAAUCACAAUACUUCCGUACUUUUGCAGAACAGAGAAAGAUGCGGUUUCUUUGUCUACACGGCUCUGGUACAAGCGGGGAAAUUUUUGAAAUCCAAUCCGGCGGUCUCGCUCAGCACUUAGCAGGUAAAGGUCAUAGCUUUACAUAUAUCAAUGGCCGGCUAGACUCUGAACCUGAGCCAGAACUGAAGGGUGUGAUGGAUCCCCCAUUCUACAACCACUAUCCUCGCAAUACCGCCCCCGGUGAAGACCUCGCUCAUGCUAUAGAGCACACCAUGCGCAUAAUUGAGAAACAAGGUCCAUUCGACGCUGUAAUGGGGUUUUCGCAAGGAGCAGCUCUUGCAUUUUCCCUUCUUGUCAAUCAUGCCAAAACGCAUGGCGUGCCACUCUUCAAAGCCGCUGUCUUUAUCUGCGGCGCGCCACCGUACGAGCCCUCUGGAAGGGAGCAGAUUAAGUCGACGCCUGGGGAGUACCUGGUCAAAAUCCCUACUGCGCAUAUUGUAGGUAAGCAGGAUCGACUCUACGAUGCUGGUGUACAUCUAUAUGGUCUGUGUGAGCCCUCAAAGGCGGAGUUCUAUGACCACGGCUCGAGGCAUAUGAUUCCCUUCGAUGCAAAGAACACAGAGGCCAUGGUUGCUUCUAUUGAAAAGACUAUUGAGCGGGCAACGAAAGAGUAGGGUUUACUCAAGUUGUGAUAUUUAUUGGGGGUAUAUAAACGAUACAUACGAGGAAUGACGUGCAAAGUUGAUUCAGAA